AUGCUCCGUCUUGGUCGACGAUCACUCGCCGCUGUCCGAUAUUUCUCGGCAACAGCGGUUGCAGAGGCUUCGAAAGUUCCAGCUCCAUCCCCUGCCCCUGGUGCCAUCACCAUCGCCACUAGGAAAAACACCGGUACCAGAAAGGACACCUUAGUACGAGAGCUCCGGAAGCUAAAGCGUUACAAACACGCCCUCGAGGUUUGUGAAUGGAUGACUUUACAACAAGAUAUCAAGUUAGUAGAAGGAGAUUAUGCUGUUCACUUGGACUUAAUUGCAAAAGUUCGUGGUAUAAACAGCGCAGAGAAGUUUUUUGAAGAUCUCCCAGAUCAAAUGAAAGGGUAG